GGCCUGGCUGCGGGGCCGCGGAGCCCGACGGCGUCAUGCGGGGCCCGAGCGGGGCCCUGUGGGUCCUCCUGGCGCUGCGCACAGCCCUCAGCGGGGCGCAGGUGCGCUGGUGCACCACCUCAGACCCCGAGCAGCGCAAGUGCGGCGACCUGAGCAAGGCCUUCGGAGCCGCAGGGAUCCAGCCGCCCGUCGGGUGUGUGCAGGCCCCUUCCGCCGACCACUGCAUCCGGCUCCUCGCGGCCCAGGAGGCUGACGCCAUCACCCUGGACGGAGGAGCCAUCUACGAGGCCGGGAAGGAGCACGGACUGAAGCCCGUGGUGGGCGAAGUGUACGACCAAGAGGUCGGCACCUCCUAUUACGCCGUGGCCGUGGUCAAGAGGAGCUCCAACGUGACCAUCAACAGCCUGAAGGGGGUGAGGUCCUGCCACACGGGCCUCAACAGGACAGCGGGCUGGAACGUGCCCGUGGGCUACCUGGUGGAGAGCGGCCGCCUGUCCGUGAUGGGCUGCGAUGUGCUCAAGGCCGUCAGUGACUACUUUGGGGGCAGCUGCGUCCCCGGGGCUGCAGAGACGGGCCAUGCGGACUCCCUGUGCCGCCAGUGCAGGGGCGAUGCUGCCGGGGACGGUGUGUGCGACAAGAGCCCCCUGGAGAGAUACUACGACUACAGCGGGGCCUUCCGGUGCCUGGCGGAAGGGGCGGGGGACGUGGCCUUCGUGAAGCACAGCACGGUGCUGGAGAACACUGACGGGAGGACCCUUCCGUCCUGGGGCCGGGCACUGCGCUCCCAGGACUUUGCGCUGCUGUGCCGGGAUGGCAGCCGGGCUGACGUCACCGAGUGGAGGCGAUGCCACCUGGCGCGCGUGCCUGCCCACGCGGUGGUGGUCCGGGCCGACACGGAUGGGGGCCUCGUGUUCCGGCUGCUGAACGAAGGCCAGCGCCUGUUCAGCCAGGAGGGCAGCAGCUUCCAGAUGUUCAGCUCCGAGGCCUACGGCCAGAAGAACCUGCUCUUCAAAGACUCCACCUCGGAGCUGGUGCCCAUCGCCACACAGACCUACGAGGCCUGGUUGGGCCGCGAGUACCUGCACGCCGUGAAGGGUCUCCUCUGUGAUCCCAACCGCCUGCCCCACUACCUGCGCUGGUGUGUGCUGUCCACUCCUGAGAUCCAGAAGUGCGGAGACAUGGCCGUGGCCUUCAGCCGGCAGCGGCUCAAGCCAGAGAUCCAGUGCGUGUCGGCCGAGUCUCCCCAACACUGCAUGGAACGGAUCCAGGCCGGGCAGAUCGACGCCGUGACCCUGAGGGGCGAGGACACCUACCUGGCGGGACAGAAGCACGGCCUGGUGCCCGCGGCGGGGGAGCGCUAUGCCCCGGACGACACGAGCAGCUCGUACUUCGCCGUGGCCGUGGUGAAGCGGAACAGCUCGGACGCCUUCUCCCUGGACGAGCUGCGGGGCAGGCGCUCGUGCCACCCGGGCUUGGGCAGCCCCGCAGGCUGGGACAUCCCCGUGGGCGCCCUGCUGCGGAGGGGCUUCCUCCGGCCCAGGGACUGCGACGUCCUCACAGCCGUGAGCCAGUUCUUCAGCGCCAGCUGCGUGCCUGUCAACAACCCCAAGAACUACCCGGCCUCGCUGUGCGCCCUCUGUGUGGGGGACGAGCGCGGCCGCAACAAGUGUGUGGGCAGCAGCCAGGAGAGGUACUACGGCCACCGCGGCGCCUUCAGGUGCCUGGCUGAGAGCGCAGGGGACGUGGCCUUCGUCAAGCACACGACCGUCUUCGACAACACAAACGGCCACAACUCUGAGCCGUGGGCUGCUGGGCUCAGGUCCGAGGACUAUGAGCUGCUGUGUCCCAACGGGGCCCGGGCCGAGGUGUCGCAGUUCGCAGCCUGCAAUCUGGCCCAGAUACCACCCCACGCCGUCAUGGUCAGGCCGGAUACCAACAUCUACGCCGUGUACGGGCUGCUGGACAAGGCCCAGGACCUGUUUGGAGAUGAUGACAAUAAGAACGGGUUCAGGAUGUACGACUCCUCCAACUAUCACGGCCAAGACCUGCUCUUCAAGGAUGCCACCACCCGGAUGGUGCCUGUCGGGGAGAAGGCCACGUACCGGGACUGGCUGGGCCCUGACUACGUGGCAGCUCUGGAAGGGAUGCUGUCUCAGCAGUGCUCGGGCGCAGCGGCCCCCGGGCUGUCCUCGCCGCUGCUGCCUCUCCUGCUGGGCCUCCCCGCGGGCCUCCUGCACCCCGGCCUCUGACGCCGCCGCCCGCCAAGCCCGGCCCUCGGGCCCUUCCCGGCCGCCGCCAGGGACCAGGAGGUGGCCGAGGACGGAGG